GUACUUUUACUCAAGUAUGGUUUUCAGGUAUUUACACCUCUGCAUAGUGAUAAUAAUCAUAGCAAUGGACUGGACAAAAGGAUGUGUGCACUAUAAGCAAUGUAUGCAGAUAAUAUAUUAAAAGAUAAAUAUUUGAAUUUUCGGAUCAAAAUAUAAUUACUUAUUUUUAAUGCUGUUGAAAUUAUUUGCAAAAGAAAUGUCUUGUAAAUCUUGUAAAUUCCUUACCAUACAUUGCUGUUCCUUGUUAUGGUGGUGUUUAGGAGCCAUUGCUUAUUUUGCUCUUACAAAUUUGUAGCUCUCUAUCCCUCCGAUGUUUUUGUUUGUUUGUUUUUAAUAAUACUGAGAUUGCGUUUAUCUCUCCCUCUUCAGAGAAUGUUGCUGUUGGCUUUUUCUUUGCUAAACAAUUACAUAACAAUAAGAUAAGUGUAAAGUUGUUAAAUAAGUAUGCAACGCCUGUUCUUUGUAUGUUAUAACAAUUAAUUCUGUCAGAGAUGUUGUGCAGUUUCUUCUUUUAACUCACAGUGUCGCUGUUCACCUGCAAAACCAUGUGCGUGUUCAGUACACAUCUCUCCACCCUGAUUCUGAUGUCAUACACAGGGCUUCAAGCUCGUCUCGUUAUUGAAAACCGUCUACAGUGACAGAAGGACUGUAUAUCAGGCAAUCAGUCUACUUGUCUAAAUUUCAUCACUUUGAGUUUUCUUUUGACAUAUUUGUUGUUUAUCUGGAGAAAAAUUCUGACUAGUUUUUUGGAAAUUUGACUGGUUCUGCCUUGCUGUCGAGAUGUUUGGUCUUUUGUUCUUCGUGCUGAUGGCGCACACCGCUUAUGGAGACGUGAGCUAUUCUUUCCCGGAGGAGAUGAAACGCGGAUCUGUGAUUGGAAAUAUAGCAAAGGAUCUCGGGCUCGAUGUGAACAGACUGUCAUCUCGUAAGGCUCGUAUUGAUACUGAAGGUAACAGAAAACGAUACUGUGACAUUAAUCUGAAUACUGGAGAACUGACCGUAGCGGAGAGAAUCGACAGAGAGGGACUUUGUAGAGAAAAACUGACGUGCUAUUUACAUUUUGAAUUUGUUCUAGAAUAUCCAUUGGAAUUGCAUCGUGUUAAUCUCCAAAUUGUAGAUAUAAACGACAAUUCUCCCGUGUUCUCUAAAGAUUUUGUCAAGCUUGAUAUUAGUGAAUCUGCAGAUAAAGGAGCGCGCUUUAGAGUGAAUGAAGCGCGUGAUCCAGAUAUAGGACAAAAUUCCGUGCAAAGCUACACAUUGCAGAGGAAUGAUAAUUUUGUGCUUGCUGUUAAUUCUGAAACCGAAGGUGUCAAAAAUAUUGAGUUAGUUUUAGAAAAAGAAUUGGAUCGUGAGCAGCAGAAAGAGGUGACAUUAAUUCUCACUGCGGUAGACGGCGGGACUCCACCGAGAUCAGGUACUGUAGCCAUACACGUCACUGUGCUGGAUGCUAAUGAUAAUGCUCCAGUCUUUAGUCAGGCCGUCUAUAAAGUCAGUCUGCCUGAAAAUUCUCCUGUAGAUACUGUAGUGCUGACAGUGAGCGCUACUGAUGCCGACGAGGGACAAAAUGGCUAUGUUACUUAUGAAUUUGGUCAUUUAACUGAAACAGCAAAACAAAUAUUUUCAUUAGAUGACAAAACUGGAGAAAUUAAGCUGGUAGGAUCUGUCGAUUUUGAGGAUGAGGUAAGAUAUGAAAUUAUUGUUGAAGGAAAGGAUGAUUAUGGCCUUUCCACCAUCACAAAAGUUUUUAUAGAUGUCACAGAUAUUAAUGACAAUGCACCAGUUAUAGUAAUUCAAUCUCUAAGCAGUCCCUUUCCCGAGAACGCGUUACCCGGUACAGAGGUUGGCAUCAUUAAUGUUCAGGACAGAGACUCCGAGAAUAACGGACAGGUGCGCUGCUCCAUUCAGCAGAACGUCCCAUUUAAACUCGUUCCUUCAAUCAAAAAUUACUAUUCUCUGGUGACCACAGGUGAAUUAGACCGCGAGCUGCUCUCUGAUUAUAAUCUUACAAUCACUUCUACUGAUGAGGGCUCUCCGCCUUUAUCUUCCACUAAGAAUCUUCACUUGACUGUAGCUGACGUGAAUGAUAAUCCACCUGUAUUUCAGGAGCACAAUUACAGAGCUCAUGUGCAAGAAAAUAACAAACCGGGCUCCUCUAUUUGUUCAGUAUCAGCUACAGACCCGGACUGGAGACAGAAUGGCACUGUAGUUUAUUCUCUGUUGUCCUCUGAUGUCAAUGGCGCACCGGUGUCCUCCUUUCUAUCCAUUAAUGGAGACACCGGGGUCAUUCAUGCCGUGAGGUCGUUUGAUUACGAACAGCUGAAGAGUUUCAAAGUGCUCGUGUUAGCCAGAGACAACGGUUCUCCUCCUCUGAGCAGUAACGUGAGCGUGAGUGUCUUCAUAUCGGAUGAGAAUGACAACUCCCCUCAGAUAUUAUACCCCUCUCCGGAGGGAAACUCCUUCAUGACCGAGAUGGUGCCCAAAGCUGCGCAGGCGGGCUCCUUGGUCUCCAAGGUGAUCGCCGUGGACGCGGAUUCUGGCCAGAACGCGUGGCUCUCGUAUCACAUUAUUAAAGCGACUGAUCCGGGACUUUUCACUAUCGGUGUCCACAGCGGGGAGAUCAGGACGCAGCGGGACAUUUCUGAAUCUGACAGCAUGAAACAGAACCUUAUUGUGUCCGUGAGAGAUAACGGACAGCCCUCUCUCUCAGCCACGUGCGCGUUGUAUUUACUCAUAUCAGAUAACUUGGCUGAAGUUCCAGAACUGAAAGACAUGUCUCAUGACGAGAGCAGCUCCAAACUGACGUUUUAUUUGAUCAUCGCGCUGGUGUCCGUUUCCACUUUCUUCCUGACCUUCAUCAUCAUCAUCCUGGCCGUGAGGUUUUGUCGCAGGAGAAAGCCCAGACUGUUGUUUGAUGGAGCUGUAGCCAUUCCCAGCGCGUAUCUCCCUCCAAAUUACGCAGAGGUGGAGGGCGCGGGAACUCUCCGCAGCACUUACAAUUAUGACGCGUACCUGACCACGGGCUCGCGCACUAGUGACUUCAAGUUCGUCAGAUCUUAUAAUGAGGGCACACUGACUGCUGACCUGACUCUGAAAAAGACUCAGUCUGCUGUGGAUGAUCUUGAAGGACUUGAUGCAGAAAUGAGCGACUCAUUUCAGGUAGGACUAAGUCUUUUAUUUAUGUUUUUUAUUUGUGCUCUAUGCUGACUUUGUUUUUGAAACAUAUUGCGUGGCUCAUUCAGAUAAUAUUUGUAGUGGGUUAGUUUGAAAUUAGCUUGUUCAAUAAUAAUUUAUUUU